AAAUGGGUGGAAUUGGGAAAAAUACUUUUCCCACCGGUUUUAAUCAAACCGGUGGGAAAAAUGAGUUUUUCGCACCGGUUCGGUUCGAACCGGUGCGAAUGUUCUUAAAAAAAACCGAAAUAUCUUCUUUCUUUCUCCUUCCUCGAAAUCUCCUCCUCUUUCACCUACCUUAGCUUCUCUCUCCUCCUUCAUUCUUCUUCAUCUUCUACGAGGGCUGCGAUUUUGAGCAGCCGCGACUUUCCCAGUCACCGUCAUCCUCACCGGAGCCGCUUCGAGGUUCUCAUGACCCACUGUCACCCUCAUGCUUCACCUGCUCUCCACGGCUCCACCACUAUCGUCACUCUUCGCCGUCGCAUUCUUCUCCGCUCCUCCAUAUCUUUCCUUUAUCAAUGUCUUCUGCAUAGAUCUGGUCUAAAAUCCAACAAACUUCUCAUUUCAUCUUGGGAUUCUAGUAUUAGGUUGGUGGAUGUGGAAAGCAGUAAGCUUAGAUUAGAAGUUCAAACAGAAGCUGCAGUACUUGAUUGCUGUUUUCAGAAUGCGUUUGUUUCUUUCUCUGCUGCUUCUGAUGGAUCCAUUUUCAGUCGAAAUUUACCUAAAAAGGUAAGAAAGAAUGAAAAUCGAAGGAAGACAAUGAGAAAGGGAGAGAAUGUAGGAGAGAUAAGGAGGAACUUAAGGUGGAAUUGUACUCUUAGUAUCCCUAUGGUUUACAGCCAGUUGUACCCUUCUGAAGGUCUGUUGAAUUAUACUUCAGGAAUCAUUCAUCAUGUUAGACUUGAAGGUAUGAAACUAUGAAUUCAACUAUUUAUUUUAAUUUGCUUGAGUUGUUUGUAAUUUUGAUUAGUUUUUAUCAAUUUGUUUAUGUGGUUGUCCUUUUGAUGAAUCUUUGAAUUUGUUUUUUAAAUGAACUUGGUGCAUAAAAUCUACUUUUUUUUUUUUGUGUAGUAGUAAUUAAUUAUUAUCUGUCUUGGUUUGUCUUGGUUUAUCCAGCUGAUAGAUUUUGAAAGUUAAAGUUUCUGAUUUUUAUGGGUUACCGGUAAAAUAGACCUACGCUUUUGAGGGCUGGUUUUACUCUAGAAAUAUGAUGUAUUGUUCAAUGAGGUUAUGAAGUUCCAUCUUCUCUGAUUUCCUUGUCUUUAGCUGAAUAUUAAUGUCAGUAACAACUAAAGCUUGUGAAAUAUCAAAAUGUAUCUGUUGAAUAACAUAAUUAGUCAAGUUCAUGUGUUUGCAAUAGAAUAUUAUUCCAUGUCCUUGCAAUUCGCAGUAUAUAAUUCCCCUUUUGUCUUGCACCAAUUCACCCAAUCAUAUUUACAUAUUUAAUAGCAGUUUCUUUUUUAUAUCGUUGGACUCUGUUAUCAUACGUGUUCUCAUAUUUUAUUUUUGUAAUUAUAUGCUUAAGGCAAUAAGGCCUCUGAGCCGUCAAAAGGAAGUCUUUACUUCUCUUAAUGCUUAAUUAAUUCUACGUUACAGUAGUCUUCAUGUAUGUGUUUAAUGGCCUGCAGUGGCUCCAUCAAUCAUUUCGAACUAAGUAGUAAUUAUUGUGCAUUUGUUGAUCCAACUAUCUAAUCUUUUGAAUUUUGCCACCAAUUUAGGUAUAUAUUCUUUUUUCUGGCAACUUAUAGAAUGGAUAUGCUCCUAAAAGCUUUAUUCAUCUUGACAUUUGGCAGUAAUAUUAAUCAAUUCUACUAAUCACUCAGCUAAGUCUUCUCUCUCCAUUUUUAGUUUUUAUUGAAUUAUUUCAAUUUUAUCUUAUUUAGGUUAGUUGUAUUGGAAAAUAUAUUUGGAUGCCCGCAACUGUGAUCUGUUGUUGGCCGGGGGUAUUAUAUAUGCUUGGUUGCUUUUGGUGAUGUGAAGUUCACUGUUGGUGUUGGGAGUGUGAUUAUGAUAUGAUAUUGAUUAUGAUUAUGAGAUUGUUAUGUUGAUUAUAUAUGUCUAUGAUAUUGAUUGAGAUUAUGAUUAUGAGAUAGUUAUGAUAU